GUGCUUCUAUCACGGACGACGCUUACGACAAUUAUCGCGUAUUACAAUUCUAUUGCACCUUGAUCUUUCAUUCCUCUUCCCGCACACGUUUUUCUCCUCUCUCUGUCCAUCUUUCUCUCUCCCUUUUUUCCUCGCUUUAUAUACACAGUUUCAUCCGUCUUGAGUGCAAAGGUAAUGAUAAUUUAUUUCAAGAAAUAGUUAUACACACAAGAUUUCUUUUCCCGGAAGUAAAAGUCGUAAGAAUUGUAGUAUCAUUUUUUAAUUUUUUUUAUUUUUCAUUGUUUCUCUGACAACUUUAUUGAAAUAAUUACCAACAUAAAUCUGGAAGUCUUACACAUGUAUGCGAUUACCAUUUUAUAAUUAUAUAAUCAUAAUUCCUAUUUUAAUUCUAAGAAAGUUUUUAGUUAUCCGAACUAAUGUUUCUCUAUGAGCAGAAAUACUACAAAUAAGUAGAACAUUUAUUUCAAAUUAAAGAAAUAAAAUUUAAGAAAGCCAUAUUUCAUAAUUGUGUAAAACAAUUUCUUAUACAUGUAUAAUUUUCCUAACCUUUCUUUUCUGAAAAAUGUUUAAUAAAUGAUCAUAAAUAUGUGUUUUCUGUGCCGUAGAUAUAUAUUAUUAUCUAACAAGACAUAUUGGAAUAAAUGUAAAUUUAAUAUUAGGUUAAAUUCCAUAAAAUCGGAAAUUGUGAGGUAUUAACAUAAAGUUUGUCGGACACACUGAUUGGCUAUCGGAUAGAAAACCUCUAGGGAAGUUCCUGAAGCUCUUCCAAUAACAGCCAAUCAGGAUAUGCGAAGUUUGCAUGAUAAAUGAAAUGAUUUAAACCUUAGAAAAUAUAAUACAUAGUUUGAUCGCCGAGUCUAUAGAUUUGUUCUUUGUGAACUCAUACACUAAAAUGAGAUGGAUAUAUAUAUAUUAUAAAAGUUGAAGAGAAAGAGAAAGAAUGAAAAGUGCAAGAAGUUCAACUAUAAAGUACAAACUUUAUUUCUGCGCGGGAAUCGCGGGAAUCCCGAAGAACUUACGAAUCUCUCUAUUUCCUUUACACUGGGUUGCGUUUGAGAAUGUCACCCAUGUUUUUAGAACGAAGAUAGAACGACGCUCGUGUGCACACGGGUGAUAUUUUUGAACGUGCGCGGUAGAUCAGCGGAAAUAUGAUACCGGUGUAAGAUAAGGAUCCAUUGAAGCGGUAAAAGAAUAGUGUGCAGUGCUAUAAAGAAAAUAUCUGAAGCUAUUUUAUAAUUGUCGCCAAAUAUUACGACAAUAAAACAAAAAUAUGAAACAAUUACAUCGCAUUAACAUUAUGAUGAAUAUUAGCAUCGUCUUGAUAUUGUACUUUUAUGUACAAAUUGUCGAAGGAAUAAAUCAAAAUGUGAUAAUACAUACGAUAGAUUCUGAAACAUCGCAAGUUAAUGCAUACUAUGAAUAUGUUGUAAAAAUACGUGAUAAUGGUUGCGAAUGUAUUAAAUAUGAUUGUGGAUGCUGUCAAUUUAUAGAAUGGGAUGCACUUUCUUUAAAUGGAACAUUAUGUGCAAAUGCAAGUUAUUUAGAGUACGAUUAUGGGUUUUCUGUCACAGUAACAUACAACGAUUUUACAAUUAUUAAUGAGACAGUUUCAGGUAAAAACCCACCGCCUUUCUGUGUAGGAGAGGAUAUUGUGGAUGCAAUAGAAAUUGAAAUUUGCUUGCAUAUAUAUGAUAUAGAUAUUAAUGAUAAGUUUCAUGGAUGUUUUGAGAUUAUAGGAAAAAUUAUGAAACUUAAAUUCAUUACAUUAAAGCUAGGUUGUAUUGACAACCUCGUUCCCUUUGAAAUUCCUAAAAAUUCCUCAUCCUUAUUGUUUGAAAAGAAAAAAUAUUCCAUAUUACUUAUUGUUAGUGUGAUUAUGGUAUAUAUGCUGAACAAAAUAUUUAUAUAAAUAAUAUAUAUUUAUAUAAAUAAUUUUAUA